AUGGCUCCUCGGGCGCGAACCGGUGCCCCGUGUACAAUUGUCAUCAAGCUCGGAACUUCGUCGAUCGUUCAUGAAACGACUCAUCAGCCCCUACUUUCCACCCUCUCGGCCGUGGUGGAGACCGUAGUGUCUCUCAGAAAGCAGGGGCAUAAGGUUGUUCUCGUUAGCUCUGGCGCCAUAGGCGUCGGGCUGAAGCGAAUGGACAUCGCCAACCGGCCCAAGAGUCUGUCAGGAAAGCAGGCGCUGGCUGCAAUUGGGCAAGGACGGCUCAUUGCUUUGUGGGACAAUCUGUUCGGUCAACUAGAACAGCCUAUCGCCCAAGUACUAUUGACGCGCGGCGACAUCUCGGAUAGAACACGGUACCUGAAUGCCGUGAACACCUUCAAUGAACUGCUCUCCAUGGGAGUGGUUCCUAUUGUAAACGAAAAUGAUACGGUCUCUGUCAGUGAAAUAAAAUUCGGCGACAAUGAUACACUUUCAGCAAUAACAUCAUCAAUGAUUCACGCAGACUACCUGUUUCUUCUUACUGAUGUCGAUGGCUUAUAUACUUCCAACCCACGGAAGGACCCGUCCGCGAAGCAAAUAGAGAUCGUGACAUCCAUCGCUGACAUCCGCUCUCGAGUCAGCACUACAACACUGGGCUCAAGCCUGGGCACGGGCGGGAUGGAAACUAAGCUGAUCGCCGCAGAAAUCGCCACCGCAGCAGGGGUUACGACAAUCAUAACCUCAAGCAAACAGCCUGAAAAUGUUUUUAAAAUCAUUGAGUACCACAACACCGCAAAGGUCUCAGUCGUCACCGCGGGUGAAGGCACCACGGCGGUCAUAAGUCGCAACACUGCGAUCAGCGGCACUUCCACUCCAGUUCGUCCGGCGCACACUGUUUUUACACCGUCUUCCAUCCCGUUACGGGAUCUCAAAUCUUGGACGAGUCAUACGCUUUACCCAUCUGGGAGCGUGGUGAUAGACAGCGGCGCCCAUCAUGUUCUUUCUCGACGAGAGUCUGGUGGGCGCCUCCUGGCCGCUGGUGUGAAAGGUGUCCUAGGUGCCUUUGCUUCAGGCCAAGCCGUAAAAAUUGUGAUCCGCCGACCAGUCGAAGGUGAAGCCUCUGAUAAUUCAGCAUACUCCCGCGCGCUGCAGGCUACUCGUCCAAGCACGCCUGUCCCCGGAGAACAGAGUGUGCCGCCCAAUAGCGACGGCGCUGCUGCUUUGCAGACUUCCGGGGACGGAGUGGAGAAGAUGGAGGCGGAUAUACACGAAGGCGACGUGAUUGAAGUUGGUCGUGGAUUGGCUAACUACAAUUCGCAGCAGAUUCUAAGUGUGAAGGGCCUUAAUAGCUCGCAUCUCCCCAGAAUACUGGGCUAUGCUGAUUCGGAAUAUGUGGUAGAGAACAUUACUAUUCGACUUCCGCCAUCCUGA